GUCGAAAAAUUUAUCAAAUUUAUUGUUGUGUCUUUAAAAAUAUUUUUACUUUUAUUGAAAUAAAUACUAUCCACAUAUAGUGGGCUAAAUAAAUUUGUUGUGGUUUACUCAACAACACAUUUCUCCCUAUUGGAGUGCUUUAGCCCGUGUGCUCUUAUUUUCCUUUAAAUUUCGGCCAUUACCUAUUCAGAAAAUAAGUUUAUAAACAGGGAUCAUCGUAGAAAAUAUUUUUAAAAAGAAAAUUCAGAUCCUCUACAUUUGAAUCGAUCGUAGCGAUUUACCGGAAAUCCGGCGACUCCAUACACGUUGUCUCUACCCAAGGGAAUAGAGAUUGUCGCUAAGCGUUUCUUUCUUUUCUGAACAGGCGCAGUCCAAGAGAACUCGCAAAAGGAGUAAAAGGCUCCUACAUAACCUGUCACUACCAAUAUAUUGUAUGAGUCAGAAGGUAGAAAAACCAGUAUUAUCGGGUCAACGGAUAAAGACCAGAAAAAGAGAUGAAAAAGAGAAGUACGACCCGAACGGGUUUCGCGAUGCCCUCGUGCAGGGUCUCGAGCGCGCCGGGGUCGACCUGGAUGCGGCUUACAAGUUCCUAGACGCGGCCGGGUCCAAGCUGGACUACCGCCGCUAUGGGGAAGUCAUCUUCGACGUCCUCAUUGCCGGCGGUCUGCUUCUGCCUGGCGGCUCGGUGUCUAUGGACGGCGAGUCGCCCAAGACCAACACAUGCAUCUUCGCGGCCAACGAGGAUAUGGAGACUAUGCGCAAUUUCGAACAGGUGUUUGUGAAGCUGAUGAGGCGUUACAAAUACUUGGAGAAAAUGUUUGAGGAGGAGAUGAAAAAGGUCCUGGUUUACCUUAAGGGCUUCGAACCUCCGCAACGCAUCAAGCUAGCCCGUAUGACUGCCCUUUGGAUUGGUAAUGGUUGUGUGCCCCCCUCAGUGCUGCUGGUCCUGGUGAAUGAGCACCUGCUGAAGGACAACCUGGCGCUGGACUUCGUGCUGGAGGUGUUCUCCACCGUGAAGCAGGAGAGGGGCGUGGCCUCGCUCGUCACCGCUUUGAAGAAGGGGCAACUUGAAGGCAGACUGCUGGAGUUCCUGCCGCUGAACCGACGCAGCGAGGACGUGCUGGCCAGCAUGUUCGCGCUGCGCGGCCUCGCGGAGCUGCUCAAGCUGCAUCGCGCGCAGGCCAGCCAGGAGGCGCGGCGCGAGCUGACGCAGGCGCUGCUGGACGAGCUGGCGGACGACAAGCCGGUGCGGGAUCUGAUCCAGGAGCUGCGCGACAUGGCGGCGCGCCACGCCAUCCCCGACCACGAGGUCGUCGGCAUCAUAUGGCAGUGCGUGAUGUCGCGCGGAGAAUGGAACAAGAAGGAGGAGCUGCUGGCGGAGCAGGCGGCCAAGCAUCUGCGGCACUACACGCCGCUGCUGGCUGCGUUCGCGCAGAGCGCCAAGGCGGAGAUUGCAUUGCUCACCAAGGUGCAAGAGUACUGCUACGAGAACAUGAGCUUCAUGCGCGCGUUCAGCAAGCUGGUGCUGAUGCUGUACAAGACCAACGUCCUCUCGGAGGAGGUGAUCCUGCGCUGGUACCGCGACCCCAACUCCAGCAAGGGCAAGCUCAUGUUCCUCGACCAGAUGAAGAAGUUCGUCGAGUGGCUGCAGAGCGCCGAGGAAGAAUCCGAGAGCGGCGAAGAAGAGGAUUAGUGUAAGAGCAGCGAGUGAGACUGACAACAACCGCGCCGUCCACACACACACACACACAUCAUGUUCACACACACAACACUUGCCAGCGGUGGACCUACCAUGCAUAUAAUUGUAAAGUUUGACUUGAGAAUUGAUCGAAAAAAAAACAUAAGAUUUUUCCAUUUUCGUCAACACCUACAUACUCGAAAAUUAAAAAAUUGGAUCUCAAGUCGAAUCUUGAUUAAAAUAUCGUCGUAUUUGAUUAGUCACAAAUAACAGAAUGUCUAGUUUUAAUAAUAACAGCUGGUUGGCGCCGUAAUCGCAAUCUCAAUAGUCUAAUGUGUAUUUUGUUUGAAUGUAUGAAUAAUUGAUACGAAUGAUGCAAAAAAUAAAUGAUUGACAGAGGUGCUAAGUUUCUGAAAAUGUGCAUUUUUGUAACAGAGUUGUGCGAGUGUGUCAGUUUAUAUGGAAAUAAAAGAGCACCCGAUUCACAAUGACGUGUACAUUGAAAUAAUGUGACAAUGGCGCCAGCUAGAUCAACGUAAAUCUCUAAACAUUACAAGGUUUAUAAACACUGCCGAUAUUAACUUUAUUUUACAGUAGAAAUGUUUAGUUUUCUUUUUUAAUCCCGUGGCUUUGUAUAGGUUUACAAAUCUUGUUUAUAUUAGUAUAACAAAUGUAGACAAUAUCUUAUACCAAGUACCUAGUGCAUAAUUUCAUGCAAGAAACACCAUCACAUGUUAUCAUUUCAUACAAAAAUAUCAUCAACAGCAUGUUCGAUCGAGACUUGUCUACCAUUUGUGAUGCGGUUUAGAGAUUGAUUUCAUCGGCCAGCGCUGGCAAGCGGCAGACUCCGGACGGACGGCGCUGCCCGCGUUCCGCUCACCAAAUAAUAAGUGUACUUUAAUAAAUAAUAAUAAACAACACGAGCUAAGCGGGCGUUUUUUUCUACAACUAUAUAAUAUCAUUUCUAAAGUAACAUGUUGAGGAGAUACAAUAUUUUUUAUUCAAUUUUUUUAGGAAAAUUCCAAUAAAUAGUGGUAACACGCA